AUGUUUGCCUCUCUGUUCCAUCAGAAAAGUCGGCAUAAUCAAAAUGACCAGCUGUCAUAUAACAACACCCCAGUUGCGACCGAAAACUCUCCUUGGACUCGAACGACUGGGCGACGCGUUCUGAGGCGAGCUCCUGAUGUCGAUGACACUAGUGAAGAUGAGGCGCAGGAGCUGGAAGGUGUAGAUGAGCAUGAGGACGAGGAUUGGAUGCACGAGGAGGGCGAGGAUGGCGAUGUGCCACUGGAGUACCAUAUCAGCGACCGUGAGCUUGUGCUAUUUGUGACUGACCACAUUUCAUAUCCAGAUACGUUGCCUGUAUACGACAUUACCCAUGCCAUCCGUCCCCUUAUCGUCUCUCGUUGCGAAACUACCUUGACCUGGGAUCAGCUGCGAUCUCCUCAGGUCUCUCAAUUCAUGGUCAGGCCUAUUCAACAAAAGGUCAUGGCUUCUCGUUCGCCAGCGACCCUCUACGCUCUCAUGGCCAACUGUCUGCAAUUCGAAAAAGAGGUCCAUCUAUAUCCUGGAAACAGCGGUGCCAGUCAGACACGAGCAAUGGUGAGCGAGCUGCUUGCUAUCAAGCUAUUGAGAGAAUACACAACUAGGGAGUUGAUCGACGCGUUGUCCUAUGAGUUCUACCCGCUUCAAGGCCAGGAUCCCUCGUCGUGGACUGCGGGUGCACAGGGGAAGCGGCCUAUUGGUACCGCUCGUAUUUCCUGUCUCGAGGUGGCCAUUCGCGCACAAGCGAAACGAUUUCUGGCACAUCCAGUGGUGGUGCAGCAGUUGGAGGCCAUUUGGGCUGGCACUAUUGUGUUCCAUUCAGCUGCUGAUCAUCUCCACCGACCCAUGAAUCCAUCAACAAAUAAUCUUAAUUAUGGCACGUCGGGGAAUCAUCCUGGCAAUCAACCCCAUAGCCCUGGAGACCCUCGUUUCAGGCGCUCGGUGACACUGUACAACCCCCGAGAAGCCUCAUUAUUCAAGCUUUCCAGGUUACGAGUGCCGCGAUAUCGUCAAUUCCUUUCUACCCUGUCAUUUGCUAUCCUCCUCGGAUUAUUCUUAGCCGUCUUGAAUGAGCGUAGCCGAAAAAUAACAUCCUUGGAGGUGGUGUUCUGGUUUUGGAGUGCAGGUUUUAUGCUUGACGAAAUCGUGGGCUUCAACGAGCAAGGUUUCAGUCUUUAUUUGAUGAGCUUCUGGAAUCUAUUCGACGUGGGGAUCUUGAUUCUCCUCUUUUGCUACUACUGUCUUCGUAUUUACGGUACCUUUUUGACCUAUCCACGGAAUCAGCAGAUGGCUGAUCAAGCGUACGAUAUGCUGGCUGCGAAUGCGGUGCUUCUAUUUCCGCGUUUGUUUUCUGUUCUCGACCACUAUCGCUACUUCUCGCAACUGCUGAUCGCGUUUCGUAUCAUGGCGGCGGAUUUGAUCGCCGUUAUUGUGCUGAUCGUAAUUGCAUGCAGCGGCUUUUUCAUCGCAUUCCUCUCCUUUGGCAAUGAUGAUUCCCCCAAAGCUGUGGCAUACGGCUUAUUUCAAAUGGUGAUGGGCUUCACCCCCACAGCCUGGGGCAUGUGGGACGAAUACAACUGGCUUGGUAGGACUAUUUUGACAGUAUUCCUUUUCAUCUGUCACUUUGUCGUUGUGACUAUCCUGAUCACUGUCCUCACAAAUUCGUUCAUGAGGAUUGUUCAGAAUGCCAACGAGGAGCACCAAUUCCUGUUUGCCGUCAAUACCAUUUCAAUGGUCAAAUCAGAUGCCCUGUUCUCAUAUGUGGCCCCUGCCAAUGUCAUCGCUUGGCUAGUCACACCUCUCCGAUAUACGAUGCCUUUUCGCCAAUUUAUCAAGCUCAACCGAACUAUCAUCAAGAUCACACAUCUGCCAAUCUUGUUCACCAUAUGCCUCUAUGAGAAGACGAUUUUGAGUGCCCGCGUGAUAGAAACUAUGGAUCUUCUCGAGCCACUACCUCGUACCGACUCUUCAGGCUCCAAAUGGCGUGGCCGGUUCCGAGCGUUCAGUUCAAGGCCACCGCGUUUAGUGCGAGAGCCAUCAGUUGCCACGUAUCAGAAGGACCAAGCUCUGGACGAAGUGUUCCGGAGACCAUUUGAUGAUGGCCACGAGCAGCUUCAGGAGCGACCUGGUACAAUACGCAAGAAAACAAACAGUGUCAUCAAGGAUUGGAUGCAGGAUAUUGGACCAAAUCCUGCUCCAGAUGAACCAGACUCGGUUGUUGGUCGUUUCGAAACGUUUACGCCUCGACCUCGUUUCCCCUUCCGAAAAGCAUUGACCGGAUACGGUCGUGAUUUUACCGAGACCACUCGGUCCGUAACAUCAAACCCUGAAGAUCGGGUCAAUUUUUUCGGGAGCUCGGUCCAACUUCGUCAAAAAGAGCUCGCUGCUGCUAAACGUUCACGCCAACCCUCUCCGCACACAGACAUUGAGGGAGACGAUGAGCUCACUACUGAUGAUGAAGGCUCUAUUGACAAGUCGGACAAGGGGUCUAUUAGUAAUCCUGACAGCUCUGAUCAUGUCAGAAGCACUGAGAAAACGACACCGAAGUUCUACAGCUCUCGACCAUCCACGGCAAAGAUUUUGUCACGUCGUAACAGUCCCUCCCGACGCCCUAAUCACGAUCGGAGCGCUUCUGGGGUCACCAUUCUCUACAAUCCAGUUGGAUCAGUAGAUGAUGAUUCUGGAAGCCCUACCACCUCUCCACGACUACGUCGUGAGUCCUCUUCUGACGAGGAAAGUAACCUUCGCAUCGCUUCAUCAGCAGAUCAAGGAACGAUGAAAAGACGAUCUCUCAAAAUGUCUUUUGCGCGCAAUGCAUCACUAGGAAUACACCAAAUGUCUGCACCACAAAGCAUCUACCUGUCUGAUUCACAUAGUCGGCCCCGGCGACCACGUUCCAUGCUCUUUGAUCUAGGAUCUGAUCUUGGUGACAACAAAGCAGUCGCUGGUGGCUUUGCUGGACAUGUACCAUCCAUAUUCCACAACCGGCUAGGAUUUCCCGCCAGCGAUAUCCAUCGUGAUUCUCCAAGUCAGACUCAAGACAUGCUCAGCAAACUAGUCCUCGCUCGCAUGAACAACAUCGAAGAAGGCUUCCGAGAAGUGAUCAAGGAGGUCAAAGAUCUCCGAUUGGGUGGAUCCAGUCGAGGCCAGAGUGGAGCUGAUGAACUCCGCGCAGCUACGCGUGAGAAGAAGAAAAAGAGAGAUCUCAAGAAACGGAGACCAGCUGCGGAGGUUGAUGAUGAUACUGAUGCAAAAAUUUUGGCAAAUCCUACAAUACCUAAUACUCCAUGA